CUUUUCAAUAGUUUCCCAUAUCUUUGGAACCGCCUACCUCACCAGUCAUCAGUCGCGCCCCCCUUGAGGCGCUCUUCAAGAACUGCCCGCUACCUCCAACAUCAGUGACUAAUACCCGCAAUGUCCACUCUGCCCAGUAAUCCCUAUUUUUCCAGACUGACUGGCGAAGGCCAGAUAAGGCUGCUGAAAGUCCAUCCCGAGGCGGAUGGAAGUCGAGAACUUCAAUGCGAGCUCGAGACUGCCCAUCUAAAAGAAAAUCCCAGCUAUGUCGCCGUCUCGUAUACAUGGGGGCCUCCGACAGCCGAAGCGGCCGACGCAGGAGUCACAGGCAGUCCAACCCACGCCAUUAGGUGCGACGGGGAUGUCAUCCUUAUCACCCGGAAUCUGCAUGACUUUAUCCGGAGGGUGUGCCGCGACCCUGAGCUGAAUUCGCGAAGGUUUUGGGUUGAUUCUAUCUGUAUCAACCAGCAAGACUCCAUAGAGAGGGCCAGCCAAGUCAGCUUCAUGGCCUCUAUCUACCGCUCGGCCGACAUGGUUAUUGCGUGGCUGGGUGAGGAGGAUGUCUAUACCGAAGAGUCCUUUGCGCUCACCAGGACUCUAGCGAGACUCUGCAAAAAUUGUCGCAAGCAGAUCAUGCCUAAGAAUAUGGGGUCCGAAGCUUUUGCAAAUAUUCUAGGCCCGCUUGCUGAUGAUCGCGCUUGGAAUUCGCUGAGACAGUUCUGGCGGCGCAGGUACUUCAAACGAGCCUGGAUCAUCCAAGAGGUGGCACUAGCUAAGAAGGUGAUAGCCAAGUGUGGCGGCCAUAUCCUCGACUGGGAUCACAUUGUUCAAGUAUCGCUUUUUUCGACCAUCACUCCCUGGACACGGUUCAUGAAUUCGGGACUGCACGAACCAACCGACGGAAAAUCCUCAAAUCAUGCUCUGCCAUUAUACCUCGAUGCGAAUAGCAAAGCGGACGAAGCGCGGCGGUUCCAGUGCUCGGAUCCCAGGGACAAGGUCGCAAAGGAAAAGCCGCGUCUGCGACCAGUCUACGGGGACCGCUCGGUUGUCGACACCUAUGUUUCCGCAGCAAUUCAGAUAUUGGCAGAUACAGACGAUCUGUUGCUCCUUGCUCAUGCCGAGGGGCAAGACUUCCAAAAGAUUGAAGGUCUCCCGUCCUGGGUUCCGGACUGGUCCUGUGCGAGGGCCGCGGGAAGCUUACCAAGGACCCUUCGCGGGUUGCGGCUUGACUGGGUCGUCCAAGUUGGCGAGUCCAAGGACGAGGCACUCAUUCACAGGAAGCCCGCGUAUUUUCCUGGCUGGAUCUCCAUCCUGUCCGCUCUUCCUGAGAUAUAUCACACCGGACAGCCAAAAACCGAAGUAUUCUGGAGAACUCUUAUCACGGACACAGCCGCGCGCAUUCCUCACCCAGCACGGCACCCUGCUGCAGAGGAAUACAGAUUUGCAUUCCGCGAUUGGCUAGCGCGCGUUAGGCAUUUCUUGGAGGGGCUCAACCGCCUUGCCGCCUCAGACAAGAGAAACACAGGCAUGGCAAGGAAUUUAUUCACCAACUAUCUCGGUAUCGCAACGACAUCUGUUAGAGAGGGUGACUCGGUGUGGAUUUUGUCCGGCUCCCGGGUGCCGCUCAUCUUACGAGAAGCCGGCCCAUACAAUGAAUAUCGCCUCGUAGGAGGGGCAUAUGUUCAUGGGUUCAUGGGGGGGGAGGCGUUAAUGACUGAUGUUCCCCUUAUGCAUAUUAAGCUCGUGUAG